AUGGCUCUCAGCAAGGCCACAGCCGUUGAUCCCUUUGACGCCCUGCCAUGCAAAAUGCCAUACAACUCGAAGCAACUUCUGUUCUACUUCCACCAUGCCAACGACAUGCUGUGCGACGUCAAAAAGGCCCGACUCGACGACUGUCUGGAACUCGCAGGCCUGGACACGUACGCUCUCCGUGGCGCCUUGCUCAUCGCUACUCUCCACUACACGUGGACGACGGGGGACACAGACACUUACCAGGCCGCCGCAACCUACCACAAGGUCGAAGGCAUCCGCACGCUCAACCGGCGUCUUGAGCAGUAUGGCACUGUUGACGGUGUCCACGACGUCAGGCUCAUAUGUACGUUAGCCAUGGCCGAGGCUUGUUUGGGCAACGUGGCGGCGGCGGAGACGCACAUCAACGGCCUCCUGGCUGCUUUCCAGAUGGACGAUCUGCACAGAGGGAAAUCCUCCAGCCUCGAGCACGACAUCACAGAAAGAUACGUCAUGCAAUCGGCGUUCUUCGUGACAAGCUUCCUGCAGAGAGUCAGGGACGGAGCCGCUGAGGCAGAAGCCAUGAAAUACGGCCGACCCAUGACGGAACAGACACCACCACCAGCCGUUUCCUCGUCCGAGAGUGUCGACCUCGCACUGAUCCGGCAGGGCCACAAGUCCGAGAGCGAAGGUCUCCGGCGGCGCCUCCAGACGUUCCGGAUGAUACCAUACUUCUUCGCGCCGCUGCCUCCGCACGUCACCCGCCUGGCUCGCAUCGAUGCUCGGCGGUGCGUCGACUCGCUUAGGUCCCUGACCCGAGAUGUGGAGGUGCUGCAUGCGACACCCGGUGCGUCGCGGACCGCGAUGCUGUGGGACAAAGGCACCUCAACGGAUAUGUGGUGUGCGCUUGUCGAGGCGCAUGUAUGGAAUCUAUCCGGGUCAGCCGAUGAUGCUGGGCGUGGCAGCACUUCGCCGUCUUCGCGACGACGACAAGAGCGGAGGAAGAAUAAGAAUGGAACAGCAGCUGGGGACAGCACUUCGACAUCGAGGGGCUCUUCCGUUGAGGAUACGACGCACAGCAACUCGCUGCUGCCGACGUGGCCGUCUCACUGGGUGCCCCUCACAGCUGCAGCGGGGGCCUACAUGUACGGCGUGCUCGAGAUUGCCCAGUGUGACGUCCGCAUAAUGCACAGAGUUGCUCUCAACAUUGCCGACAAUACGUACCUCGACGAGGACGUUGGGAGCCGCGACACCACGAGCAGCAGUCCUGGCAAUGCCUGCGUACGGACAAGUGCGGUCCCAGACAUUUUCACUACAGUGAUAGCAACAUCCGUGGACCGGACACUAAGUCCAGGAGAGAAGGAGACUGUCAAGACACCCCGCAGCAAUGGCACUGAUCGCUGUCCUUCUCAAAGCACAGAAGCGAAUGAUCUGCACCUCUGGACCGCGUUCAUGGGGAUCCUGGCCGUUCGCAGGGUCAAGUCGUGCACCACAGAACCUCUUGCUCCAAAGCUGGCGGUAGCAGCGAGGCCUCAGCUUGACAGUCUCGAGAUCAUGUUGGGGGACCGCAUUCGUGCCAUCUCGGAUAGAGAACAAGUCGUCUGUGAUGGCAUGGGCGUGGCUGGGUGCCACCCUUCCUCGGCGGGCUUGGCCGAGGAGACUUUCGCCGAAGGGAGUCAGACAGGUGUGGCUGCACCGGCCCUGGCUGCACCUACUGGACUUGCCUGUGCGACUGUCGGCGGAUCUGAUGAGUCCUACCAGCUGUGA